AUGCAGCUCAAGUCUAUGGUCGUCUCGGCCUUUGUGGCCACGGCUGCGGCUAAACAGCGAUGCGCCGCUCCCGACCCUACGGAGGAGCAGCUCGAGAUCUCCAGGCAGAUGGCCAUUCAGGAGGCUAACCACCUCACGGCUACUGGCGAGCAGUUCUCUGCCCAGGCCACCAUUGAGACCAACGUCUACUUCCACGUUGUUGCCUCUGGCACGACCGAGGCUGCUGGUUACCUCAGCAAUGCCACGCUCGAUGACCAGCUCGAUGUCAUGAACACGGCCUAUGCUCCCCACGGCAUCUCGUUUGUCGACGGCGGCCGCGACUGGACCGUCAACUCGGUCUGGGCCCGGGACGGCGCUGAGACGGCCAUGAAGACGGCGCUGCGCAAGGGAACCUACGCCGACGUCAACAUCUACUUUGUGUCGGACCUCGACGCCUUUGGCUACUGCUACCUGCCCCAGACGGUGUCGAGCAACGCCAUCCUGGUCCAGGACGGCUGCACCAUCCUGGCCAGCACGGUCCCCGGCGGCGCCGAGACCGACUACAACUACGGCUACACCGUCGUCCACGAGGUCGGCCACUGGUUCGGUCUCUACCACACCUUCCAGGGCGGCUGCGGCACCGUCGGUGACUCGGUUGCCGACACGCCCCCCGAGAGGACUGCUGCUUCCGGAUGCCCUGCUACCCGUGACACCUGCACUGGUGGCGGCGUUGACCCCAUCCACAACUACAUGGACUACUCUGACGACACCUGCUACGAGGAGUUCACCGCUGGCCAGCAGACCCGCAUGUACAACCAGUGGAACGCCUACCGUGCCAGCUACCAGUAA